AUGGGCGUCGAUCCAACCAAUACAUUGAUUCUUACAGGGUUCACCGAGGAUGAAUUACUCGAUACCGAAUUGAUAAAAUCACUUCAGAACCAAAUAAUCAACCACACCAGCGCGUCCGAGACGAUCCAGUUCUCGAUCCUCAAGCUGUUCAAGCGGAUCAUCAUGGUUUUUGAGCGAUUGGAACUGAGCCAACGAGUAUACGGGAUCCUCAAGCUGGCAGGUUUCAAAGUUGGGUACGCCUCACAAAACAAUUAUGACGAUUUCAUCAUGACUGACGAUGGGUACAAGUUCGAUACUCGAGAAUACCUUCAUUUACCAAGCCACGGCACCACGUUCAUUAUCUCUCCUCCUCCUAGUCCACCUCCUGGAUGGGUACUGAUGCCAGAAGAGGCCCCUGAGCAACGACUGAUCUAUUCUCCAGAAGAAUUGCGAGAGUUAUUAUAUAAAAGGGUUGAUGAUGGUAAGAUCCAGCGAUUGUUCGAUGAUGCGGGAGAAGAAUGUGAACCCCAGGAAACUGCCGAUGAUAAGGUGGUGCAUGAUGAUGAUGAUGAUGAUCAUCGAGUGGUUGAUCAAAAAGUGUUGUUACAAAGUGAAGGGUUGACAAGCCCGAUUAUUGUGUUGGAAGCUCCAGAGAACGAGGAAUUAUCAUUAUGGAAUGUACAUUCACAACAUAAGAAGCCUACAAAAGUGCUGAUGCCACCACCGGAAUGA